AUGUGGACAGCAUCAUGUGGCACCCACGCUGUGUCUAGGAGGGUCUUUUCAACUUUCCGAGCACUGCAACAUGACAAUCCCCUGGGUCUCCCACGUUCUGGAACGCCUCCUUCCUUUCCCCGUCGCCGUGGACUACCAGAAAAGCGCAAGAUUCGAGAUGUCAAGAAAGUCGUUGCAGUUUCGUCGGCGAAGGGUGGCGUUGGCAAAUCAACAGUGGCUGGUGGGUUCAUAGCCCUUUCUGUCUUCAUUUGCGUUUUACUUGAUCUCAAUAAGAUGGUGUCAAUUGCGUCAGUAAACCUCGCCCUUUCCUUUGCCCGACGAGGCAUUAAGGCUGGGAUUCUGGACACCGAUAUUUUUGGCCCGUCUAUUCCGACGUUACUAAACCUUCAUGGCGAGCCUCGUCUUGAUGAAAAUAACUGCCUCGUCCCUCUCACAAAUUACGGACUUAAGUCCAUGUCGAUGGGAUAUUUACUACCACAGACCCAGGCAGACAGCACCACAGGCGAAGUUCCCAUGGACACAACCCCCAUUUCGUGGCGCGGCCUUAUGGUGACCAAAGCCAUGCACCAACUUCUCCACUCAGUAUCAUGGGGGCCGUUAGAUGUGCUCAUCUUAGAUCUUCCCCCAGGUACUGGUGAUGUGCAAUUGACUAUCAACCAAGAGAUUAUCAUCGAUGGCUCGGUGAUUGUGACAACACCCCAAGAUAUUGCCCUGCGCGAUGCUGUGCGCGGCAUUGGCAUGUUCCAACGAAUGGACGUCCCCGUCCUCGGCAUGGUCCGCAAUAUGGCUUACUUCGCCUGUCCCAACUGUGGACACCAGACUCGCAUCUUCUCUCACGGCGAUUCUGACCACUCAUGUGGCGAGGACCGGGGUGUCAUAGCUCAGUGCAAGCGGCUAGGUGUCGAUUUUCUGGGGGACAUCCCUCUCGACGCGCAAGUAUGCGAAGACGCUGAUCGUGGUAUGCCGACAGUCGUCGCUGAGGAGAGUGCAGAGCGUAGUGCCAGACGUCAAGCUUUCCUUAACGUUGCUGAGCAAGUUGCCAAAAAGAUUGGCCUGGACUGGCACUGA